AUGAAUGAACGUUUUGAUGACGAGUCUCAAAUGUCGAACGAAAAUAAUUCUGUUCUAUGCGAAGAAUGUGGGCAAAAAAUCAAUGCAACAAAUUGGUGCAAAUCAUGCAACGCAAAACGUUUUGAAAUCGAUUUCCCAAAUUGGACGAGUGGAAAUAUUGAAAUAGAUAAAUUUAUUCGUAAAACUCAAAUAACUGCCGAACGCUGCGAGUGCAUAUUUGAAUGGGUUGAUUAUUCUAAAUUUAAGUUCCUUGAAAAAAUUCAACUUUCUAAUAAUCAUAAAGCUUUUUGGGAAGAUGGUCAUUUGCUAGGGUGGGAUAAAGAUUUAGAUAAAUGGAAUCGGCAAUGUGGACAGUGGGUUAAAUUGGUAACGAAUCAAUAUGAUGAAAAGCAUUUAAUUCCUCGGUUUCUUCAAUUGGAACACGAAAUUUCAAAGAAAACCCCAUCCAAACGAAUAGUUUACGGAAUGACGCGCAACCCUAAAACAGGAGAAUAUGCAGUAAUUGAAAAAUUAUUAAAACAGUGCCACUUUUGUCACCAAGAAUGGGUCUAUCCCCGUUGGUGCCGUCAUUGCAAUGUUAAUUAUUUUAAGUCUGAAUUUCCAAAAUGGACAAGUGGCAAUUCAAAAAUUGAUACAUUUAUUCAAGAAGCACAGUUAACCGCCGAAUUGCCUGACCAAGUCUUAGAAUGGUUGCCGGAAAAUCAAUUUACAGGACUUAGUCAAAUUGGUAGCGGUGGAUAUGGCACUGUUUAUAAAGCCUACCGGAAAUGUGGUCGUAUUUGCAAAUGGGACUUCACUUCAAAUACAUAUGAACGAGGUGAAUCAAUGUGGGUUGCUUUAAAAAGUGUACAUGAUAAAGAAAAUAUUAAUAUCCUUCUUGAAGAGACGAAGGCUUUACUUGAAUUUCGAAAAACUAAUUUGGGCUCUAUAGAUUGUUACGGCAUAACACAACAUCCUGUCACAAAAGAUUAUCUAAUUGUCAUGCGAUACGUCGAGAGGGGUGAUUUACGAACUUAUUUAACCUCUACCUUCGAUACCAUUACUUGGAAAGAUCGUCUUGAUAGGCUUUGGAGUCUUGCAAUUGAUAUUCGUAGCCUUCAUCGGUUGGGCCUUGUGCACCGUGACUUACACAGUGGUAAUGUAUUAUUUGGCGAUAACAGGCGUAGCUUUGUUGCCGAUCUUGGGUUAGCUUCCUCUACUUUAGAGAGAUGGGUCCAGUUUCUUUCUGAAGAUAAAUCAAUUGAUGACGAUGAUGGCAUAAAAAAUCAAUUUAAAUUGGCCAAAUUGAAAAGACAGAAAAAUUCUUAUUCAAAUGUGCUACAAUCUUUAACUAGCCAACGUCUUCCAAGAGCAUUCACUAUAGCAAUAAGUAUUGCCCGUAUAGCCCGUGCUCCCGGUACAGGAGAGAUUUAUUUUUAA